GCGUGACGGGGCAGUUGUGGUGGCAGGGGGAGGCGUGUGGAGCGCUGGGUUGGGGGUACGAGACUAAGUUUGGGGCAGCUGCCAUCCUGGACCAGAUGCUACAGAGGGUGAGGGUGCCAGCCAGAUACCUCCAUGCUGUGGCUGCUGCUGCUGUGUUCCUUUCCGCCAAAGUGAAUGAGGAGGAUGAGAAUGUGCCAUCGACGGAGGAGGUGGUGUGGGCGUGGACAGAUGCGUUGCUCGGCGAGGGAGUUGCUACGAAUGGAGAGAGUGUUGCUGGACAAACUCUCCUGGUGCUUGCCCCCCACCACGGUGCUUGACUUCCUCCAGGUGCUGCACGCCCUUGCCAUUGUCACCGCCCCUAAGCACCACCACCACCAUCGGCACCAGCAAUGUCAGAGUCAACGGUACCAGUGUCGUCAUGCACUGAGAGGCGAGGACUCCCCCACACACCAGCUGGAGGCUCUGACAGUGCGGCUGUGGCACGUGGUAGGGUGUGGGGAGAGUGGUGCGCUGCGGCCGUCACUCCUGGCCCUGGCACUCCUCUCCUUAGAACUGGAGGCCGCCACUCCAGAGCCUGGCCUCACCCCAUGGCUGCAGGCACUGACGCAGGUGAGUGAGGAGGAGCUGGUGGAGGCCCAGGGGAGGGUGAGGAGGUUCCUGGGGGAAGUGGUGGACUCCUACAGGACCUCCGCCCUCACCCUGCCCCCCUCCCUGCUGCUGCCCUCUCCUGUGCCCCCCGAGACAGUCCCCCCUUCCAGGCCCAACAAGAGGAAGGUGGAGAGGUGCGCUGCCUCGGAGGAAGACGCGUACAUGGACAUUAAGAAGCUGUACGCGCAUGGCAAGACACACACCACCACUACUACCACCACCACAACCUCCCCUAAGCACAAGACGUCUCAAAUCGAGCAAGACGACUUAUACACAGACAUCCGACGCCUGUACUCCUCCCCCCCUCCCUUCCAUCCCUGUGACACCCCAUCCCCGACACCCCCACUCCUCCCUGGGACUGCCGUCAGGUCCCCGGGGGCUGGCAGCAAGCGGGCAGUGAGUGCCAAGAAGAAGAGGAGGAGGAGGAAGAAGGUAACCCCUUCUUUCAAGGCCAAGACUGCAGUGAGGAGUUCUCUGAAGCAAGCCUUGAAGAUCCCCUGCAAAAUAUCACUUAUUGCCACCAAGAAGAUAUUUGAGGAGCCUAUUGAUGCAGAGGAGGAGGAGGAGGAGGAGAUGAUGGAAGAGGAGGACGAGGAGAUGGAGAGUCUGGGGGAAGAUGUAGAGGAGGUGGAGGAAGGGGAGGAAGAAGAGGAAGAGGAGCUGGAGGGGCCUAUUGUUGAGCCUGUGGGGAUUCUAAAGUCACCAAUCUUCUCCCCAAUGAGUCCUGAGUUCCCGGACAUCAAGCAUCUCGUGGUGAAGAAGGAAGACAUGUGCUGGGACCAACAGGUGAGGGCCGUGGCAGAGCAGGUGUACCGCCCCCUCACCUACGCACAGGUGCUGCGCCUCCACCUCACCCCCCUCACCCGUGCCCUAGGGGUGUGAGUGGUGGGGGGGUCAUGUGGAGGGGAGGUGGAAACAAGAGAUUUAAAUUUAUAUCUGCUACUACCUCCACCACCACCAUCACCACUACCAAGUCAGGUCAGGUGAGCUCAGGUGGAGGUCAGGGAGGCCAGAAGUCAUGUCCACCACCACCAUCAUUACCUCCAUCGCUACCAAGGCAGGUCAGGUGAGGUAAGGUGGAGGUUAGGGAGAUUAUAUCUACCACUAUCACCAUCACCACCACCACCACCACCACCAUUACCACUGCCACCUUAAGUAGACAAUAUGUUUAAGCCAUUUUGUCAAUAUAUCAAUUUUAGUUUUGUUUCCAUAUUUUUGUUCUUUGUUUUUUUUUUUUGUUUUUUUCUUCUUUUUUUUUUUUAGUUUGGUGUCUAAAAUUUAGGAUAUUUUUUUUUUUCUCUAUUUUUUAAGAUGAGACAUUUUUUUUCAUUAAUUCUUUUAUUGGUGGUUAAAUAUUUCAGUCCUGUUAUUUUUUUUGGGGGUUUCUCUACUUCUUUCCUUAUUCCUCCUUUAUCUGUAACACUUUUCUUUCUUCUCUUUCUUUUAAUUGCCUUCUUUCACAUUUCAUUAUUCUUUUUAUCAUAAUACAAUAUUCAUUUUGUUAUUCACCAUUUUAUAUUCCACAAACCUUAAAUUCUGUGUAUAUUUCUUUAUUUUAUUCUUUUUUUUUUUAAUUGACCCAAAGAAAAUGAGAAAGCUAAUUUAUUUUCCUGUUUUUUCUAAUCAUCUUUCACUAUAAACACUACUUUUCUUGUUCUAUCUUUAUUUUCCUUUUUUUUUCCCCAUUUUUUCCAGGUACAUUUGGUCUUUGUUUGCAUUUGUUUGUUUGUUUGUGUUUGUUUUCCUUCUAUUCUUAUUUUUUCUCUUUUUUCCUCAUCAGUUUUCUUCCUUUUCUUAAAUUUUUCCAGUACAUUUGGUCUGUCCUUUUGUUCGUUUGUUUGUUUGUAUGUUUGUUUGUUUGUGUGUUUGUUUUCCCUAGCGUGGCAGGUGAAAGUUCUCGUUUGUUUGUUUGUCUGUUUUUCCUCUUGAUGUACGCCUCUCGCCUCUUCCAUGUAUGUAUUAACUGGUGUGUGUUUGUAUUAGAAAACUCUGUAUGUUUUCAGGUGACACACACACACACACACACACACACACACACACACACACACACACACACACACACACACACACACACACACACACACACACACACACACACACACUUUUCCUAUGUGCACAUAUGCAAAACCUUCAUGUAGAAUUUUCAUUGUGUGUGUGUGUGUGUGUGUGUGUGUGUGUGUGUGUGUGUGUGUGUGUGUACGUAUCUAUUCUCUGAUCAUAUAUUUGAGACUUGUGUAGUUUAAUAUAUACGUGUUUGUAGAAAAACUGAUGUGCACCUUUAAACACACACACACACACACACACACACACACACACACACACACACACACACACACACACACACACACACACACAACCAGUUCACGUGUGUAUGCAAAUAUGCCUAGAGUGUACGUGUGUUUGUGUGUGUAUGCAUGUGUGUGCAUAUUCUCAGGAGUGUGUGUGUGCGUGUCAUGUGCGUCUUCUAAAACAGUCAUGGAGGGAAUGCGUACACAGUGAAGAAAAACAACAAAAAAACAAAACAAAAACAAACAAUACCUCAUGUACCAUAACAAAACUGUAUUCUUGUAUUGAAAACCUUGACCCAUACACUGUAAUACACUCACCCUAGUAUUACCAGCACACCCUAUACACCCAGUCACCCUGAAAACACCCUUAACCACACCUUAUAUUAUCUGUAUGCAUUGAAAACUAAUCAUAUACUUUUUAUACAACUUAAUACACUCACCCUAUUUAACCAGUCACCCUAAGCACCCAAAUAACACCCUUAAUUUCACCCUAGCUUGUCUGUAUGGAUUAUGAACUAUACAAACCCUUUUUUAUACAGUUUAAUACAGUCACCCUAAUACACCAGUCACCCUAAACACCCUAAAAACACCCUUAAAAUCACUGUAUCCUGUUUGUAUGCAUGUUAAAUUAUAUACACCCAAACAUAUACCCUAAUAUACAGGUCUGUACACUCACCCUAAUGCCCGUCACCCUUAAUACCCUAAAAAAAAACACCCUAUCUUGUGUGUAUGCAUGUUAAACUAUACGCCCUAAUACGGAAAUAAAUAUACAGCAUAAUGAUACAUUCACCCUAUCUACACCAGCACCCUGUUCAUCACUCACCCUGGAAAUUGAGAAAAAAACCCUUAUAGUCACCCUGCUGUGGUUGAUAUAUCUAUUCUUAUAUAAAGUUGUGUAUACUGCAGUACCUUCACCCUGUUGUUUCACCCACAUCCUGUUUGUAUACCAUUCACCCUGGGAAACGUACCUAAAAAAAAAAAAAAAUGCACCCUGGAAUCACCCUGGAAAUGUUGACUGUAAUUUUGAAAGGUGAGAGAAAGUUUAGAAAUGAGAAAGUUACUGUUUCAUUUCAUUUUGUGUUGUUUUGUUGCAUCACUUAUUGUAUUCGUUUCAUCUGCCUGUGUGUGAGAGAUACGUACAGAUGGACACUGAAUGCUGCAUGGAAGUCACAUUAGGAAGACAAACAGGGGCUUAGUAUUGAGAUGUGUGGAAGAUACAUGCAUGCAGACACUGAAUGCUGUAUGCGUCACCUUAGAAAGACAAACAGAGACUGAAUAUUGAGACCUGUGAAAGAUACAUAGCAUACACAAAGACACUGAACACUGUAUAGAAGUUAGCAAGACAGACUGAAUAUUGGGACCUGUGAAAGAUACAUACGAAGAGACAAUGAACACUAAAAGUCAAAUUAAGGCAAAACAUAUAUAAAGACACUAAACUUUAAUAUAUAUCACAUGAGGAAGACAGACAGACUGAUUACAGACAGGUGUGAAGGAAAGACAGCGCAUACAAAGACUAUUUAUUUCCUCUCUUCCUACAUGGGGCAGUCCAGACAAGGUACCACAUACUCACACACACGCAUACACACACACACUCAACCCCGUCAGCCCCCUAGUGGAAAGAGAUACAAAGACAGGUUUUAAAUGUUCAUUACAGAGAAUAAGGACACUGUAACAAUCAUACACACAUACAUAUGAUCUGAAGGAGUAUAAGGAGUAUUAGCUGAUGAGAGGAAUGUAUACUUAGUUAUGUAUGUAUACUGACCUGUGUAUUGCUGCACACAUAUACACCUUGAUCUGAUGAAAUAGGUUAUACAUGAAACACAUCUACCUAUUUCCACCUGCCAUCCGUAUACAUAAACUUGUCUAAUCUUUCCCUAAUGACUCAGCACGAACCAGAUUAUUAGUCUGUUCCAUUCAUCCACCACUCCAAGAUUGAAUUCCUUUUUAUUUCCUUCCUAUCUCCAACCAUUAUCCUUAUUCAUGUACUUAUCUAAUCUUCUAAGACUCCAAUGACUCAGCGCUGGCCAGAUUAUUGAGUCUGUUCCAUUCAUCCACCACUCCAAGACUGAAUUCCUUCUUAUUUCCUUCCUAUCUCCAACCAUUAUCCUCAUUCAUGUACUUAUCUAAUCUUCUAAAACUCCAAUGACUCAGUGCUGACCAGAUUAUUCUGUUCCAUUCAUCCACCACUCCAAGAUUGAAUUCCUUCUUAUUUCCUUCCUAUCUCCAACUAUUAUCCUCAUUCAUGUACUUAUCUAAUCUUCUAAGACUCUCUAAUGACUCAGCACUGACAAGAUUACUGAGUCUGAAAACCAAUGCCUUCCUGUCUCUGUCUUUUAAUUUUUCCCUUCCACCAGUUCACCACCUCUCCACCUGUACUUAAAUUAAUGUCACAGGUGUUGCAGGUGUCAUAAGGAAAGGUGUUGUAUUUGAUGUGGAAGGUGAUUGUUCAUGAAAAGUGGAAAAAAAAAAUGGUUCUAUUAUGUGGAUUACUAUGUUUAGUGGAGAGACAGGUUGAGAUUUACUUAUUAAUGUCUUUUUUCCUUUUAUUCUUCACUUGUUUUAUAUUUUCUGCUAUAUUUUCUUUCUAUUUCUUAUUUAUUUGUUUUUUCUUAUGUGUUUUGCCAGAAUGAUUUUAUUUGGUAGAAAGACAAAUCAAGUUUAUAAUUGCACCAGUUUUUUUUUUUCUUUUUUCUUUUUGCUUUUAAUUCUCCAUUUCUUCGUUUUUAUUUCAUCGUCCUACAUUUUCCUUGUUCUCGAUGUACAAACGUGUGAGUGCUGUGUUUGUUUCCCCGUUUUCCGUGUUCGCCUUCACUUCUUUUCCUCCUCCGCUUUCAGUUUCCCAUUGAUUGACAGCUUUUCCUUUUUUUUUUUUUCCUCUUUAAUUUCCAGAGUUCAGAGCUGCUUCUAUUUUUAUAUUUGAAGUUGUAUUUACCAGAUGAGCUUAUCUUUUUUUUGCUCUAUUUUUUUUAUCUGAUAUUUCAAUUUUAUUUAUUUUUCUUUUUUAGGGAAGUUUAGAUCAAUUUUAGUUUCUGUUUUAGCAAGUUUAGGUUUAUUUUGUAGUUUUUGUUUUUAGAAAGCUUAGUUUAAUUUUAGUUUUUGUUUCAGGAAGUUUAGAUUUUACCUUAGUUUCUGUUUUAGAAAGCUUAGUUAUUUUGUAGUCUUGUUUUUAAGAAGCUUAGUUCAAUUUGUAGUUUCUGUUUUUUUAGGAAGCUUAGAUUUCUUUUCAAAGUGUCCAUAAUUCAUAUUUUUGUAUCUUCAUAUUGUUAUACCAAACGGAGAGUGUCUUGAAGGUAUACCAGGCAAGACACAACAUUAUUCUUUCAAUGUAUAGAGGAGGAGAUUGCAAAGACUGCAUUCUCAAAACCCAAGCAUUUCAUCCAGACUUUUAACAGGCAGUAGUGGAGGUUUUUGGCCUAUGAGUCUGUGCCAUCAGGAAAGCUGCAUCUCAUGAACCACAGAAAUAAUGCAUAUUUUUACUUGUGUUUAGUUUAGUUUACGUUGCAAUCACUUCGUUUCUCUAAGUUCCGUAGGGUUAAAUCAGUGAGAGAGAGCAAGAAUAUAGUGUGUUUUGUGUUGUGGAAAGGAGAGAUAAGGCAUUGAGGCAGUCACUGAGGCUUAAAUGGUGCAGUUUGGAGUGACUCAGCCUUGGAAGUUAGGAAUACAGGCAUUAAACUCUCACACUAACUCAAUAUCAUGUUCUGAAACUCAGUGCUGCACCUCCACUACACUCAGAGACUCUAUUUAAAGUUAUACGGGUUUCCGAGGGUGUGUUUAUGGUUCUAGUGACAGAUUGAUGACAUUUCUAUGUUAUUGACUGGCGAAACACUCUCGGGAACUCGGCUAAUCAUCUCUGUGGUCUUUGAAAAUGGUCAUGGUGAGAGAGCGAACUGUUUCGGAACAUGGACGGAUCAGAAGUCAGUUAACUCUUGCCUCACUUGCUUCCUCUGUUAUGCAUGAUCUUAAUCCAAUAUUUCCCUGCUUUUUCCCCGCAGUCCUAAUAUCUUUGAUCUAAUAAUCUUUUCCUCUCCCUCUCUCUUUCUCUGUUUCUCUUGCCUAUUCAAAUGUAAAGUUAUGAUUAGAAGUUAAUCUGUCUCACUUGUUGUUAUUUUAUUUUAUUUUAUUUUAUUUUUUUCAUCUGUCUUAAUUUCUUUGCUCUAGUUCACUCUCACCACUCAGACUUGCUUCUACUUCCCGGUUCACUGCUGAGUUUCUUAGUUCCUUCUGCCAUGCUCAAACUGAACAAACUAUAUGGCAGAGUUGAAAAAUGCUAGUCUGUGUGUGUGUGUGUGUGUGUGUGUGUGUGUGUGUGUGUGUGUGUGUGUGUGUGUGUGUUUGCAGGAAUGUGAAUAUUGUUUUAUCAUAUUUUUCAUGAUUGUUAGUGUUGAUUAACUUUUCUACUACUACUACUACUAUUACUACUACUACUACUACUACUACUACUACUACUACUACUACUACUACUACUACUACUACUACUACUACUACCACAUAGAUCCACUAGCUUCUUAUAUCUUUCCCUUACAUCCUUACCACCACCACCAUCACUACCACCACCACCACUACAGCCAGAUCUAAAUACAUAAGCACACACAUAAUCCAUCACAGCCUACUUAUGUAUAGCUAACAGACAUACAUAAGGUGCAAUACUGAGGCACAAGAUAUAUGAUUAUGUAUUCUGAAGGUACGCAAACACUAUUAAGUUUAAGAAGAGAGAGAAGGAAUCUGAGAUCGAGGUGGUUAGGUUAAGUUUUGCUAAGGAGGACCAGAAAGAGAGAAGGAAUUAUAAAAGAUGGUUUAAACUUACGAUAUGCAAAGAAAAAGAGGAUAAUAUUGAAAUAACAGCAUUUUCAUCUGAGAGUAAGGUUAAGUUAGGUAAGGUUUUGCCGAAAGAGAGAGAGAGAGAGAUAGGAAUUUUAAACGUAUGAAGAAAAAAAAAAGAUAAAUGAGAAUUGCUGUAUGAUAUAUUAAGUACAAAAGUAUGGUUAACUGUAGCACCUUUCAUUUAUUACUUAUUUUCUUAACCAUGGGAGAGAGAAGGAAAAAUCAAAGGUGAUGUAAACUUGUACAAAAAAAAAAAAAAAAAAAAAAGCCACUGCAUGAUAUUAAGUACAAAAAAAAAAAAAAAGGAUUCAAUGGACCAUCCUUUUUAUUUUCGUUAUAUAUUGAUUUAUCACAAACUGCAUUUUUUCAAUUUCUUGUGUAAAAAUGAGCGUUGUUAUAUUCUUGAAGUAGUGAGGUUUUUUUCUUAAGAUUCAUGCUAGUAUUAGUUAUGACGUGCAGUGUUCCCCUGUCUAGGCCAUUAGAGGAGAGGGAGAGAGACAGAGAUAGAGAAACAGAAGCUUGUAUUCUGAAACAUUUGUGCCUCGCCCCCACUGAAUUCAAAGGGCUCUAGUUAAAGUGACACGGGUUUUUAAAGGUGUUCGUAUGGUUCCAGUGACAGAUUAACAAUAUUUCUACAUUACCAGGUGGAGAAAGUCUUGAGAACCCGGCUAUCAUCGCUGUGGCCUUGAAAAAGUCUUGGUGAGAGAGCAAAGCGUUUCAGAUUAUUGGAGAGAGAGAGAGAGAGAGAGAGAGAGAGAGAGAGAGAGAGUUCUGUAUGUAUUUGCCAACUUUUUUCUGUUUUAAGAGGAAAGAUAAAAUAAAUAUAAGCUCAAAUGUUUGUAUUGUGUUGGUUUUAAGAACGUUUUGUGAAGAUACAGACAGUGGAGUUAUGCAAUGAACAAGACUGUUAUGUUCAUUAAAAAACCGUAGAGUAUGUGAAACCAGUGAAAAAUGUCGUAAAUGUCUCGUGUUAAACUGAUUAAAUAGAGUUUACGUGAAAGAAACAAAGUACAUGAGAGAAUUAAUAUAUUGAAGUAGACUAAUACUGUUGAUAGGUGUUUAAAGAACCAUGAAGUAUAACCAGUGAGAAAUGUCGUAAAUAAUACAUUAAGGAAACAGAGUAUAUGAAUGAAUGAAUGUAUCGUAAAUGUCUUGCAGUUAACUAGACAAAUAUGAACGCUAAAGAUUCAUAGAAAACUGUUUGUACGUAUAACUAAAGAAAACGUUGGUGUAAGUUUCCGAUGAUUUAACUUGCGCAGCCUUCACGUACACUAAUGAAAUGUAAAAUAUAUUUAAGUGAACUAAUAUACUGCGGACCCAGCAUGACAAAUAUCCACAUUAAAACAGUAGACUAAUGAAAAAAAAAAAAAAGUAAAUAUUUGCAUCGUCGAACUGAAAUCCCAUCCUGUACAACCGUGGCCAGAAGUCUUGUAACCCGACACUCUUAUUUCCACUGUGUUUAGUUUCUCCCUUCACUAUUACGUCCCUUGAUCUGGGAACCCUUCACUUCUCAGGCUCUGCGAAGUGACAGGCAGCUCAUCGGAGGACUUACGGUGAUGAGAUAAGACGGUUAAGUUAGUCGAAAAUAAGGUGGCAUGUGAACAGACUUAUGGCCGUGAUUGUACCUAAGGAAAGAUACCCGUACUGUCAGUGAGUCAGUGAAAAGUGAUGUCUGUUUUAUCAGUACAGCUCAAUACUUAUGCAUAGUCAAUAUUCGCGUAUAAUGAUGAUAAUCGUAAUAUUCUAAGGUAUAUUUAAGAGUAACACACCCUUUUCAGUUGCUUGUUCUGGUUCUGUCACCACCAAAACCACUGUUAUUACUACUACUGCUACUACCACUACUACCAACACCACCACUACCAAACACCACCACUACUAACGCAACCCAGCCAAUCUUUCCUUCACCACCACCACCUACAUGCAUUCUGACUAUUAUUAACUAUUGUAACUAUUCACACAAGUCACCAUGCCUUCCUCUACUACUACUACUACUAACUACUACUACUACUUAAUCACGUAGUUUGAGAGUUUGAUAGCGAAUUAGUGAGUUACCAAUGAUAAUGAUGAUGAUAUGUGUGUGUGUGUGUGUGUGUGUGUGUGUGUGUGUGUGUGUGUCUCAUGAUCUCUCCACGCUUUGUAUAUUAAUUCUAAAGAAGCUAUGAAAUGUAGAAAAUAAAAAUAAAAAAGUACAAAUACAUAUUUUAAAAUCUCGUGGUAGUUUCAUUAAUUAUUAUUAUUUCUUUUAGUAGCUUGUGUAUGUGUGUAUGUAGUGUACGUAUGUAUGUAUGUAUGUAUGUAUGUAUUUGUGUAAACUCUAGUGAACAAAAACCUCGACCAGUACAUCUAAUUAAGGAAAAGCAAAACAAAGGCAGCAGAAAUACAUACAUAAGUGACUUGAACACUGUAUAAAGAGUAUUUUAUAGAGAUUAUAUACAACUCCAUGCCCUGUCCCCUUCCCUUGUAUAUACCUCUCUGUGUCAAAUAUAUGGAAGCAAGUCUG